CAGCGCUCAUUCUCCUUCCGGUACUGCGCCACGGAAAGUUCCGUUGUCUUCUUUUUAGCUCGCAUUUGGCUAACYGGUUGGAACCCAUCGCUGCUCUUUGGCGGUCUCUGCCCUUUGGAGCGUUUGUGAGCUGUACAGUUCGGGUCCCGCCAUGUCUGAGGAAAGCAAGUGCUGUGGUGAGCGCGCAGACAAGCCCGAAAUCAACCGGGAGGACGGUGCUGGGGACACAAACAAGGAUGCAGAAGAGAGUAAAGAUCUCAUUUCCACAAUGCAAAGUUCACCAGAUAAAGCUAGGACUCCACAAGACUCUGUGGAUCCACCAUCUCCUGAUGCGGAUAGUUCACAAAAAGAACCUACAAGUGCAACAGUUACAGACAAAGUAAAGAAGACAAGAAUUUCAUCUAAUUCUUGCAGUGUGAUAAAACGUCUUAAAGUAGAGAAGAAAGAAAAUGAUCAGAAUUUUUCAGAGAAAUCGGCAUCUUCAACAUUAGAAAACAGCUUGGAAUCUCAAAGUUCUAAACACAAAGGCACUGAAUCUGAAGAAAAUGCACAAUUGAAAAAUACAGUCAAGAAUGUCACUGCAGGUAAAUCUGAGUCCGUUGAUUCUGUGAUUGAGAAACCUAAACCAGGAUUAAAUGAAGAAAAAGCACUAUUGGUGAAGCAGGUUCGUGACAAAGAAGAGCUGCUUCGGAGGCUAAAACUAGUCAAAAUGUAUAGAUCAAAGAAUAACCUGUCUCAGUUAGAGAUAUUAAUAUCAAAGUGGAGAAACUGUAGCCAGCUGUUGCUUUAUGAGCUGCAGUCACUCAUGUCGGAAGAGAAGAAAAUAACCCUUACUCAAUUGAUAGACCUCUAUGGGUUGGAUGAUACACUGCUGCAUUUUAAUAGAAGUGAAGAAGAAUUUGCAGGCAAUAGAGCAGAGACCCUGCGCCUACUGGAAGGAAGAGUAGGCACAGAUCUCUACCAUAUCGGCUUAGGAACUGAAUACCUUGGCAAGACUCAAAGAGUAAAAGAAAUAAGAUCAAAAAUCAAUAAAUGGGAUGGACUCAAACUUUAAAAAGCUUCUUCACAGCAAAGGAAACAAUGUGAAGAGAGAGCCUACAGAAGGGGAAAAAUUUAUCACAUUCAACUCAGAGCAUUAAUCUCCAGGAUACAUAAAGAACUCAAAAAAUUUAACACCAAAAAAAAAAAAAAA